AUGACUAGUCAAGACAAAGCAGCCGUUCGCCAGGUCCAUAGAGCCCAAGAUGACUCUACCACCAGCACCAAUGCCAGCAUUGAGCGAAUUCCCACGAGCGCAUCUGAUAGUGAUGUCAAUGAGGCCAUCGUUCGACAUCUGCAGACCACUGGUGAGGAUAUCGGCAUGACUUGGCGUACAUUCAUGGCAGCAACAUCCAUGGCCAUGUGCUAUAACGCAUACAUAUUCACUCUGUUGAUUCCUCCAGCAAUCCUGAGUUUCAUUAACACCGAGCUCGGGCCGGACCCUCGAUACACCUGGAUCACUAUCUCUUGGAAUCUUGGGGGAGCCAUGUUCGUGACGGUGGGAGGUCGUUUGAGUGAUAUCUUUGGUCGCCGCUACUUCUUUAUUUCCGGAGCAGCACUCCUCAUUGUCGGGAGCAUCAUUUCAGCUACUGGUCAGAGCAUCAACCAAAUGAUUGGCGGCGGUGCGAUCUUUGGAGCGGGGUCAGGUUUUCUCGAGAUGGCCUUUGGUGCUGUUCAGGAAAUCGUGCCAGCAAAAUAUCGCAUGGUGACCAUCGGUCUCUUCGACGCGUCCUCGUUCGUCGCCCAGAUCAUGCCGCUUGUUGCGUGGGUAAUCAUCAAGUAUAGUGGCAACUGGCGGAUCUGCUACUACGUCAUGAUCGGUUUCCAGACUAUUAACUUGUUAUUCCUCGUUCUGUUCUACCAUCCUCCGACUUUUAAAGACAAGCAAGCUGAGCACGGAAAGACACGCCUCCAGCUAGCCAAGGAGUUUGACUGGGUCGGGCUCUUCCUCUUCAUCGCUGGUUGCACGCUGUUUAUCGUCGGUUUUAGCUGGGGCGGUAGCCUGUACCCCUGGAAGAGUGCUACUGCCAUUGCUCCAAUCGUCAUAGGCUUCAUGACCCUCAUAGGCCUGGGUUUCUACGAGACUAGGGCCAACCUGGCGUCUGCCCUCUUCCCACCACGCCUUUUCAGAGCCGUACGACACUUCACUGUACCUAUUGCUGUCAUGGCCAUCGGAGGAAUGCAAUAUUACUCCAAUGCCACUCUUUGGACUCGUCUCUCCCAAAUGCUGUAUGCUUCUGAUGAGAUCUCCAAGGGUUUGUUUGCAGAGGUGUUGCCCUUGGGUAGUGUGCUGGGAGGGUUCUUUGUUGCCUGGUCCAAAAAGAUAGGUCAUCAGAGGUGGCAAGUCUUCGGUGCUGUCGCGGUACAGACCGCUUGUGUCGGCGCUCUUUCCACUAUCACCCUCACUAGCAGCGCUCAAGCUGUGGUCCUGACCGUCAUUGUCUCCUUCUGCACCAGCGUCAAUCUCCUCAACGGCAUGGUGCUCGUCGGCUUCGGCAUCAUCUACCAAGAGGAUAUUGGGACUGCUGCCGGUCUCGCUGGAACCUCCCGCCUCCUAGCUGGAGCAAUAGCCACUGCCAUCUUCAGCAACGUCACCAACAACAAGUAUGCCGAGGCCCUUCCCGCACAGAUCACCAGCGCGGUAGCGAGCUUCAACCUGGCCCCGGACGUCUUGAUGGAACUCAUUGCUGCCGCAAAGGCCGGCACCCCUGCGGCCUACAAGGCUGUCCGAGGCAUUACUCCAGAUAUCCAGGGUGCCGCUGUGUUAGGUAACAAGAAGGCGUAUCUUGAGGGUGCUCAUCUGUCGUACCAGGUUGCUCUGGGUUUUGGACUUCUCGGGUGCAUCGCUGCCGUGUUCAUCCCCUCUGUCGAUACUCGUAAGUACACAACCAAGACGGCAGCACCUCAGCACAAGGACAAGAAGAUCUACGAUGAGAAACACCAGCCUGGUCAGGCUUAA